AUGACGUUUCUAUGUGAUGGAAGAAUCCAAAGCUUCUUCGAGACCAACGGAAGAAGAAACCACAGAUCUUUUGUCGUUUUGCUCGGAGAGAAUGCAAAACUGCAGCUUCCGACCGUCCACAGGGUUCUGCAAGGCCACUCGCACGGCCCCGUGGAAACAGUAGUCUGGUGCCACAAGAAUGACAUAACAAAAAAGGUAAGCCGAAAAGCCUCUGGGAAAAAGCAGAGGGGAGCUGUACAAAACGAAGAGUCCGAGGACGACUUGUCUCUGUUCAUAAAAUCUAACGACAUAGAAUUCAUUGAGUAUAAGGAAAGUGAAAGAAUCUUGGGAAGAACCGUCGACAUGCUGAUACUGCAAGACUUCGAGGCCCUGUCUCCCAAUCUGAUAGCAACGAGCGUGGAAACUGUUAGGGGAGGUGGAGCUAUAGUGCUUCUUUUAGACAGCACAUGUUCUAUGGAGACACUUAUAUCUCACAGAGUCGACAUUCACGAGAAGAUCGGAGAGUUUGAGCCGAGAUAUAACAAAAGACUGUUCAGAUCACUGAUGAAUUCAAGGUUUGCGCUGUUCUUGGACGAUAAGCUCAACAUGUUAGAUGGCGUGAGCAUGCCUGACAUCCAAAAUCCGGGUGUCGUCGAGAGGAAAGCUACUCCAUUAGAACCCCACAGCUCCGGCAAUGAGGUUUUGAAAGGCCUUGGGAAAACCGGAGACCAGAUACGCAUCAUCGAGGAACUCUUUAAAGCCUUGGAACUAAGAGAAAGCAGAACGAUAUUUUCCAUUACUGCAUCAAGAGGAAGAGGAAAGUCCGCAGCACUGGGCAUUUCAAUAGCCCAGGCAGUGAAUCUUGGCCUCCUGUCUGUGUACAUUGCAUCCCCGGCAAUUGAAAACGUCAAGACAGUUUUCAUGUUCCUUAUCACUGGUCUUGAAAAGCUGGGAUAUAAGAGAUACGUUGACUUCAAGAUUAUAUAUCAGUUUAGGGGAAACAAGAGGUUUAUGCAGAAGAUAGAGUUCACUGGUGGAAGAAAGCAGAUUAUAGAGUACUUCAACCCGCUGGAUGAGCUCAAGUACUAUCCAGACCUGCUGGUGGUCGAUGAGGCGGCAGCCAUUCCUCUCACAUACCUCAUGAAGCUGAUAUUCCCAAACUUUGUUAUCAUGGCCACAACAGCUAGCGGGUAUGAGGGGACAGGAAGGGCUUUUUCUGUCAAGCUAUCGGAAACCCUCAGAAAGAGCAGCAUUGAAUCAAAUUCCUUCGUAUACAAAGAGCUGGCGAUGAAUGAGUCCAUUAGAUACGGCCAGAAUGACCCCGUGGAAGACUGGCUGUACAGAGCACUGGUGUUGGAUGCAUCUAUCCCAAAGAUUGAGGGAUGCCCAAGUCCGUCGGAAUGCGAACUUUUUUAUGUUGACAAGAGCAUCCUGUUCUCCGGAAAAUCCCCUGCAGAAAGGUUCCUGAACGAUCUGUUCUCUCUGUUCAUUUCCUCCCACUAUAGAAACAGUCCCAACGAUCUCCAGAUCUUGGCUGAUUCUCCAAGGCAUGAGAUAUUUGCCCUUGUAACCCCAGUGGAAGACAACGGAAGGGACAUUCCAAAAGUGAUUUGCUCUCUUCAGAUCUCUUUUGAAGGCAGGUGUAGAAGAACCGAGCAUUUGAGGGAGGGUAACCUAAUCUCCUGGGUUGUUUCCGAAGAGCACCUAGAUGCGUCGUUCUUAGAUGCAUAUGGUGCCAGGAUAGUUAGAAUAGCUGUUCAUCCUGAAUAUGUUGGAAUGGGAUAUGGAACAGCAUCCCUGAACUUACUAAUCAAGCACCUUUCUGGCCAUGGCGAGGACAUCCAUCUCGCUAAAACGAAGGGUGGAGAAGAGGGUGUUCUUUUGUACAGCUUGUCCGAUGUAUCAUUUCCCCGUGUCGACUGGAUGGGCGCUUCGUUUGGUAUGACGGAAACUCUGUACAGAUUCUGGACAAAGUGUGGUUUUGCACCCGUGGGGAUAAAACAAACAAUUACACAGGAAACCGGAGAGCAUUCUGCAAUCUUCAUUAGAUCCCUAUCCCCCAAUGAAGAUAGCCGAAUACAGAGAUACAACCAAAACUUCAUGUCCAGGUUUGUCGGGCAACUUUCAAGUAGCUUCAAAGACUUUACUCCAUCUUUGUCCCUAUCUCUGCUGAGCAACCCUGUGACGGGGAAGGGGCCGACGACAUACUUCUCCUCAGACGACAUUCACAGGAUCAGAAUGGCGUCUACUGGAAGAGUGGAUUUGAGCCUUGUGGUGGAUCUCAUCCCGGAUAUAUCCAGAAUGUACUUUCAUGGGAAGCUCCCCCAAGACCUAUCGGUUCUUAGAAAGUCUGUGCUAUUGAUGAUAGGAUGCCAAAAUAGAAGCGUUGAGGCGGUUGCAGAGCUUCUUACUCUCAAGCCAUUCCAGGUUGUCAACAUUCUGACCAAGACACUGUCGAUUCUUCUUGACGACCUUGAAAGAAAUUACGUGGCUAACUAA